GGGACCGGAGAUGUGCAAGGCACUUCCACCAAGAGGGUGAUGGACCAGUUACAGUUAAGGGGACUAUUACAAGAUUGACUGAUGGAAAACAUGGCUUUCAUAUACAUGCUUAUGGCAAUAACACCAAUGGCUGUAUUAGUGCUGGCCCACACUUCAACCCAGGAAAUAUAACUUAUAGGGGCCCUGAAGAUGAAGUGAGGCACGUUGGUGAUCUUGGCAAUAUCAGUGUUGCGAAUGGUGAGGCAAAAUUUGAGUUUACGGAUAGUGUGAUUUUUCUUCGUGGCGAGCACAACAUUAUUGUACGUACUGUUGUGGUCCAUGAGAAGGAAGAUGACCUGGGAAAAG